GUAAUCUCGUAACGUCACAAGUAGUACGUGGAUGCGGAAGUGAGCAGCCAGCUGUUACAGGUUGACAUUAGGAGGUGUUCUGGCACAAUACAGCUCCUCAGUCAACAUGCUGAAGGCGGUCAUUUUAAUCGGAGGUCCCCAAAAAGGGACAAGAUUCAGACCAUUGUCUUUCGAGGUUCCCAAACCAUUGUUCCCAGUGGCUGGUGUGCCCAUGCUUCAGCACCACAUUGAGGCGUGUGUCAAAGUACCAAACCUGAAGGAGAUUUUGCUCAUCGGCUUUUAUCAGCCAAAUGAAGAACUGAACCGAUUCCUGUUUAAUGCGCAGCAGGAGUUCAAAAUGUCCAUCAGGUAUUUACAGGAGUUUGCAGCCCUGGGCACUGGAGGGGGCAUUUAUCACUUCAGAGAUCAGAUCCUCUCUGGCAGUCCAGAGGCUUUCUUUGUUCUGAAUGCUGAUGUUUGCUCAGCGUUUCCUCUCACAGAGAUGCUCAACUUCCAGAACGAGCACGGCGAGCCAAACAGUUUUGUUAUUCUAGGGACAACGGCAAACAGGAAGCAGUCCAUGAAUUAUGGUUGCAUCGUGGAGAACGAGGAAACAAAUGAGGUUCUGCAUUAUGUGGAAAAGCCCAGCACGUUUGUGAGCGAUAUUAUCAACUGUGGCAUUUACCUGUUUAACCCAGAGAUCUUCCAGCACAUCGGCGCCGUCUUUCAGAAGAACCAGCAGGACAUGUUGCUCUAUCCGUAUGAUGGAGAGGAGCCAACCAACGGCUGGCAGAGAGCAGAAGCCAUCAGGCUGGAGCAGGACAUAUUUACUGCCCUGGCCGGACAGGGCAAACUCUACGUCUACAAAACCCUCAGCUCCUGGAGCCAGAUUAAAUCUGCAGGGUCUGCGAUUUAUGCCAGUCGAUUGUACCUCAAUCAAUAUCACACAACUCACCCUGAAAGACUGGCUCCUAAUAAAGAGGGAGGACCCAAAAUAACUGGUAACGUCUAUAUUCAUCCCACAGCCAAUAUUGAUCCCACUGCUGUGUUAGGUCCCAACGUCUCAAUUGGAACUGGCGUUACCAUUGGCGCCGGGGUCAGAGUUCGAGAAUCAAUCAUUCUUCAUGGUGCAAGCCUACAGGAUCAGUGCUGUGUUUUGAACAGCAUUGUGGGAUGGGAUAGUACCAUAGGCAAGUGGGCAAGAGUAGAAGGAACUCCCAGUGACCCAAACCCAAAUGAUCCAUUUGCAAAGAUUGACAGCGAGACGCUCUUCAGAGAUGGAAAACUCACACCUUCUAUAACUAUUCUUGGGCCGUGUGAGUGUGUGCUAGACUACAGCUCAGGAGGUGAACGUACAACUGGCUGCAGGCAAAGGUCCAGGGAUGUUUCCACUCGAGAGGACAGGUGGAGGGUUCCUGUCUGGAUACCGAGCGGCUGAUAAGGGUGAUGACUCACAAAAGCCUACAGGAGUGACAAAUGAGCUGUCAAAUUGAAGCCGACAUUUCGCACUGCUCAGAUUCAUAUGGUACAGAGAAAUAACACCGGACUGUCAUGCAUCACCAGCUAAAGAUAAUCUUUUGUUAAACUGUCCUCUGAAAUGUCUGAACGUGCCAGGUAGAAAAUAGACAUUUGUUUCUACCCAGCAGAUGUGGAGGAAGGCAAAAAAAAAAUUACUGUCUUUGAUGAAUGCAAUGCAUCUUCAAACUGAAAAGAUAUGAUUUCAAAAAAAACCAUUGGGACUUAAACAAGCCUCAAUGGAUCAGACUUGUUUAUCCAGCACAUCCCAAAAAAUACUGACUUUACUUCCUGGCUUUCUUCUCUUGAUGCACCCUGGUGUCAUCUUGUGUUCUCCAUAGUGAUGCACACAAACCAGAUCCUCCAUAUCAUCCAAAAACAAAACCAGACUGAGCUGACAGGGCCGCCGUCUUCCAUCGGUCUAGUCCAAGGCUGAAGCUUUUGUGAUCAGGAGGAAAAAGAAUUAAGAGACCACUUAAAAUGAUCAGUUUCUCUGAUUUUACUUUGUUUGAGUAAACUGAACAUUGUUCUUAU